AGAACAUGUAAAAUAUAGAAAUUAACUAUGGUGAAGUAGUUUACCAUAUAAUUUGUCAAAGAGAACAUCUAGUUCGAGAUAUUUACUAUCAACUGUACAUCUUUAAGAAUGCCAUAACAUUAUCAACUGUAAUUCUAUUGGUUUUGAUCUAAUUAUAGGAAAUUGAAUCACCCACUCCAAAAUACAUGGUGCCUAUCAAUUUAGAAAAUAAUAUACAUUGGGUUAAAAACAACUCAAGAGUAUUAACAUAAUUCGGAAUUGAAUACAAAGGAACAGUUAAAUAUUUUACAGCCCCAGAAUAAGAGCUAAAAAUUUUCAAGAGAAUAGUCAAAAACAAAAUAAUGUAUCGAGAAGUAAGUGACUUCUAUCAACCAUUGAAACUACUGGGAAAGGGAGGAUCAUCUAAAGUAUGUCAAUACACUUAAAAGUUAGGUCUAUUUAGUACAUGACAAAGACAAUUCAGCAGAAUUUGCAUCUAAAUGUAUUGAGAAAAGAUAUCUAAGAGAAGAUGGUGGAUAUGUAUGUAUUAUUCUAAUGACUUCAAGAUUGCCUUAUUCAAUGAGAUUAGCAUAAUGGGUAACCUUGAUCAUGAGUAAAUCGUAAAACUUGAAGAAGUUUAUGAAGGAGACAACACUUUUUAUCUCAUUCUUGAAUAUUUGAAAGGACCAAGUCUACAUGACUUAUGUAAUAGUCGAAGUACCACAUAGCCUUUGACUUGGGAGUAAAUUAAACAAAUAAUGUGGGUAUCAUAUAAUGUUUAAAUUAUAUAGUAAAUACUCAAAGGUGUAGCUCAUAUGCAUAGUCUUAAUAUAAUGCAUCGAGAUCUCAAACCAGAAAAUAUCAUGUUUAAAGAACAUGGAUCAGUUUAAGGUUUAAGAAUAGUAGAUUUUGGUUUGGCCACUAAUAUGAGUGUAGAUAAAUAUCCAUUUCCAAAAUGUGGGACUCCUGGAUAUGUUGCUCCGGAAAUUGCUAAUCUCAAAGAUCUUACUCUUAAAUAUGAUAAGAUCUGCGAUAUGUUUAGUGUUGGUUGCAUCUUCUAUAAAUUGUAAGUCAUUUUUUUAUUUAUCGUAGAAUUACAUCAAAAGAUUUAUUCCCAGGAACAGACUAUCAUGAAAUUCUUAAGCUUAACAAAAAAUGCAAUGUUAAUCUUGAUUAUCUACAAAUAUUCAAAGCACCCUCUUCAGCUGUCGAACUCAUUUCUUCAAUGCUUAAUCCUAAUCCCAGUUUUAGAAUUUCUGCAGCAAAAGCCUUGGAACACUUAUUUUUUGUUUAAAGUCCUUAAAAUGAUAUUAGAAUUAACUUUUAAUAGAAAAAGCGACUAGAUCCUUCGAAUAAGUUAUGGUAGACUUAACUAUUCAAAAAUCUAAAAUCAGAUAAAAUUCAAUUACCAGAGAUUCCUCUUAAACUUAGAUAAUAAGUUAGAGAAGAUGAAGUAGUUGAAGAUGAAAAGGUCUGCAUAAAUGUUCCUGUUAUGAAAAGUCCAAGAUUUUAAUAAUAAAUUAAAUAGAAAAAUAUUAAUCUCAUUGAUAAUCAACCCUCAACUCCUAGAACAAAAUAAAUUAAGAAAUAUUCAACUUAAGAGUAUGAUUUAUCAUCAGAUGCUUCAUCCCCUGAUUCUGGUAGAAUGAGACCAACAAUUGUACUUAAAAAUUCAACUCAUAGUUCAGCUAAAGCACAAACUCCUAGAGCUCGACCUAACAAAUAGAUUAUUUUUUAAAGGUAAAUGUCAAAUCAACCCAUUGAAGAAGUCAAUGAGGAAGAAACCAAAGCUUGAAUUAAUUCGAGCUAUUUUGAAUUACAUAUUGAAC